AUGACAUUACAUCAAUUUUGUAACGAUUCGCAAAAAGAUAACGAUGCUACAUGUACAAAAAUUUGCGAGUGGUUCGACGUUGAUACAUCGGAAGAAAACCAGAAAAUUAUUUCAGAUCGAAUUUACCAUUAUACCGUGAGAAAAAAAAGUGAUAUGGAGUCGUGGCGAAGGUGUAACAUUCAGCGGCGAGAAAAAAAUUAUUCUACCAUUGUAUUAAAUAAAUCAAGUCUACGUCAGCGAUCCAAACCACCGAAACAUGUAUUAAAAGGUUUUUUGGACUUGGAAUAUCGUCAAAAAAGGCGUCGUUUAGCUACAUUGAACGAAGUACUAGACGAUUUCUCUAAUUCGAAUAAUACUCCAAUAAAUCAAUUACUUGGCUAUUCAUUAUACCAAAGAAAUUACAAUGACGACAAACAUUUAGCAAAAGUAGGAGAAGAAUUGUAUAACACGAAUAUCAUCGAAACAAAAACUUCAUUAAAUCUCGAUCAAACGAUAGCAUUAAAGUACAAUCUGAAUCUCACCACGCACGAUGCAGAUUUUAUGAAACCAUUCUUACACGAGCAUGUUUACAUACCUAAUCGAAAUAGAAUCCGCGAGAUUAGUAAAUGA